UCUACCCGUUGUUGAUACAGCGUUAAUCAACAUUGGGAGCGGACAGUUUGAAGACGUGCGACCAGAGACACGGUUUGAGGAAUACUCGGAUUGAUGUGAUUUAUUUUUCGUCUGUCUAUGAGCAAGAACACGACCAAGUAAAUUAUAUUUGGCGGAUUUAAACAAGCACUUUUUACUAGGGAGAACUCGAGAACGACCUUCAUUCAGGUUGAGGUGAAGAGACUUGUCAGCACACUUGUUGAUUUGUUAAAUAUUUUUUUGUAUUAUUAGCCAAUAGUCUAAUAGCCUAUAGUUGAWUUGAACAUACAAAAUCGAAUGUAUAAGCCAAAUAUGUAGACACUUUAUCUGUAGCCUGUACUUAUUUUUGUCUCAUUUGGAUUUCUGUAGCUUUUUGACAGUUUUUAUUUUUCGAAAUAAUUCACAUUCCCUGCAACCUAUGAUGUUCCCUUGUCCAGUUUAUGUUUUUGAAUAGCCUUCGUUCGGAUUUGCACUAUCCACAAGUUGGGACACAAGACCCACCUGUUGCAUUUCGCGGCAAAACUCAUAAAACAGACAUGUCACAGCUUGAGGUCGACAUGGCCGGACUGGGUUUCUCCAAAUUACCUGCUGGGUUCGACGCCAACUCCUGUUUCCCUGGCCGAAUACCACCAAGGCGAAGGAGACACUCGGCAAACUCCAGGAGAAACUCGUACAGGUUGAGCAAAAGAAAUACCUUGGAUUUGGAGCUUGAAGUUUACGAUGAUGCCCCUCUCUCCAAAACUCACUCCUGGUCUGCUGAUGAUAUUUUAGCAGAAACAGCGGCAGAGGAGAAAAAGGUGGACUCAUCAGUACCAGCCUCACCUGUCUCAAGCCCGGGAACGAGCACGUGCUCACCUCCUGGUACCCAAGCAUCAGACCCCAAACCACCUUUUGAUACCUGGGACGCGCCACAGCCCAGCUCGCAAGCACAGCCCAGCUCGCAAGCACAGGGCACAAGUUCAGAUUCCGAGGAAGAAAUCACUGACAAAAAGGUAACUUUAUCUCGAGCUCCAUUUGAAAGCAAACGGGAGCAAGAGGAAAAGGAUGAAAUUGAAACCAAAGCCGUGGCGACGUCACCUGAUGGAAGGUUCCUCAAAUUCAACAUUGAAAUUGGGAGAGGGUCGUUCAAGACGGUGUACAAAGGCCUGGAUACGGAGACAACAGUAGAAGUGGCAUGGUGUGAGCUACAGACGCGGAGGCUGACGAAGGUGGAGCGRCAGCGUUUCAGUGAGGAGGUGGAGAUGCUGAAGGGGCUGCAGCACCCCAAUAUCGUCCGCUUCUACGACUCCUGGAAGGACAACUGCAAGGGCCACAAGUGCAUCCUUCUGGUCACCGAGCUCAUGACAUCAGGCACCCUCAAGACGUACCUGAAGAGGUUCAAGGAGAUGAAGCUGAAGCUGCUGCAGCGCUGGAGCCACCAGAUCCUGAAGGGCCUCCACUUCCUCCACACCCGCACCCCGCCCAUCAUCCACAGGGACCUCAAGUGUGACAACAUCUUCAUCACCGGCCCCACAGGCUCCGUCAAGAUCGGCGAUCUGGGCCUGGCCACACUAAAGAGUGCCUCGUUCGCCAAGAGUGUCAUUGGGACUCCUGAGUUCAUGGCUCCAGAGAUGUACGAGGAGAAGUAUGAUGAGGCGGUGGACGUCUAUGCCUUUGGGAUGUGCAUGCUUGAGAUGACCACGUCUGAGUACCCCUACUCUGAGUGCCAGAACGCUGCCCAGAUCUACCGUAAAGUCACCAGCGGAAUUAAGCCGGACAGCUUCUUCAAAGUAAAAGUCCCUGAGUUGAAAGAGAUCAUAGAGGGAUGCAUCCGCAUAAAUACAGACCAGAGGUACACCAUCCAAGACCUMCUGGAACACACCUUCUUCAAGGAGAACAAUGGCGUCCAUGUUGAGCUGGCGGAGGAGGACGACACGGUGAAGUCUGGCCUGAAGCUGUGGCUGCGUAUGGACGACACCAAGAAGCUGCAUGGGAAGUACAAGGACAACAACGCCAUUGAGUUCCUGUUUGAACUCUACAAGGACGUACCCGAGGAGGUGGCUCAGGAGAUGGUGGUGCUGGGCUUCGUCUGUGAGGCAGACUACAAGCUGGUGGCCAAAGCCAUCCGGGACCGCGCCACCGCCAUCAAGCGGCAGCGGGAGAAGCAGCGCCGGAUGGCCGAGGAGGCCUUGCGCCAACAACAGGAAACUGUCAUUGAGGAAGAACCAGAGUUGGCUCCCGAGCCAGAACCGCCCACCCCCAAACCUCAAAUAGCCCUUCCCAUUAAACCGCCCAACCCCGCCCCUGUCUCGGCACCCCCUGCCCAGACCCCGCCCACUCCGACGGUGUCGGGGCCGGUGAUGUCCAUGGCUAACGGCUCGGGGGAUUCGGGGAUAAACGCCAGCUUCACAGCAGAGACGGAGGAGCAGGAGGCAGACCAGCGGCUGCACUACAACAUCAGAGACGCCAGCUACUCCUCUGCCACGUCCGACUGCGAGAUGGACGGCUACCUGAGCUCCUCUGGCUUCCAGGAUCCCGGGGAUUCCCCUCUCCAGCCUCCUGUUAACUCCGCCCCUUCCUCCAUCACUCCUGUUCCGUUGCCCCUGGAGAUCCCUCGCAUCGAGGCCCUGGCCAUCAAGGCUCCUCCCCCUGAUGCUCCACCAAUCCCGAAUCUCUGCUUUCCCUCGAGUAUCGCUGUAUCCAACACUAUCAUGCCCCAGUCAGGAAACGCCAGUGGUUUCUCUUCUCCUGUCGACAGCUAUGCCUCUGAUGUGACGUCAGGCUUGAGUGAUGGCAAUGAGGGCCUAUCAGAAAAGAGUGCCAACAAACGUACCGGUACAAAGCUCUUCAGGAGGAGAGCCCGCUCACGCUUACGAAUCACUGGGUUGUCUGACAAAGUGGACCGUGUGGUGGAGUGUCAGCUCCAGACUCACAACAGUAAGAUGGUGACCUUUAAGUUUGACCUGGACGGAGACAACCCGGAGGAUAUUGCUGCUGUCAUGGUCCACAAUGAGUUCAUCCUUCCCUCUGAGCAGGAAGGCUUCAUCUACCGCAUGCGUGACAUCAUCAAGCGUGCAGAGGCCCUGAUGAGGAGGGGCGAGCCCCUGAGUCUGGUGGACGCUGCCCACCAGCUCUACCCCUACCUCAGCGAAGUGGGCACCCUUUCCGCCUCGCAGCCAAACUUACACGCYCAUGGACUGGAACGGACACAUUCCUCUUCAUCUUUGCCCGACUUUGCUGAGGGCAGUGUUGCUCAGCUCCGAGGCUCGUCUCCUGUGGCGCCUGUUGGAGACUUCUACAUCGACCCAAAGGCAGUCCCUUCUGUUCGCCCCCUCCGCUCUCAGUCCUUCCAGACCACMUCAAGUACGUACCAAACAACAAACACAGUUUUCUUCCCCCUCGGACAUCAGACUUUGAGUCUUAGACUUAACAGGUCUUUAUUCUGUUUGUGGAUGGAACCCAUUCAACCAGUCAUAAGUCAGAUUGUUCCCCUACUUAUGAGUCUAACCCCAAUAUUCCUUAUGUGUCUUCCAGGUUCUUCCCAGACCUUCCACCCGCCUGCUUCCCAUUACCCCCAGUAUUCCCACCCCGAGGCCGUGCCCCCCAUGAUGCCCCUCAAUCAGCUGCCUCCCCUGCCCCAGCAGUACCCCAAGCCCCCCUAUGUCCCCAACACCCACUUCCCCUUCCCUUACCCUGUCACCCAUAACUCCUCAAAGCCCACCAGCGCCACCUUCACCCCCGAGACCCUCCACCGGGUCCUAAGCAACUCCAACCUCUCCUCCUCUUCCCCAUCCCCUUCCUCCUCCCCGGCCAAGCCGGCCACCCCAGGGCAGCAGCAGGGGGGUGAAACAUUACCUCUGAAGGGUGAGGUAGUGGGCAGUACCCCCCAGCCUACCCCUCCAGCUCAACAGCAGCAGAACCCAGGCAUGUGGCCCCCAAACAGCCACAACCAGCCCCUCUUUUCCCUGGCCAACGUGUUGUCCCUGGCCAUGAGCGUSGCCCAGUCCUUCAUGCCCCCCACCUCCAUGCCCAGCGGUCUGAACCCAGCCCAGUCUGGCRCCUACCACCCKUCCAUGUUUGGCCCUCCCCAGCUGAUGCCAGGGGAGGYCCCCUACCAACCCCAGGGCKAGAUAACAGCYGGCCAGUAUCUGGACAUGUGCCAGCAGUAUGCAGACACCCAGGCUCUGCACCAACAGYGCCUGUUGAAAGCCAACGUAGCCCCAGGGURACCCCAGCCUGGCGGYCUAGUGGAUGGGACUGCUUUCAGGCAAGCUGGCUCCAGCCUCUCUCCUCCAGGAUCCAGGGCGAGUCCKCAGAUGUAUUGCCASCUGGGGCCCAGGGUGGGGUUCCAGGAGCAYACAGACAGCUCAGCCUCCACCUCUAUCACCAGCUCCCCCUCCUCCUCRMCUCCAGKCAGCCCACAGAGCACCGUGUCUUCACCCAAGCUAAGAACCUCUUCACCCCUGGUGGUGUCAGAGUCGGGAGCAAACGCUGCCAAAAACAGACUGUCACCUAUCUCUGAGGAGAAAAAGCCUACAGUUACCGUCGGCCGUUUCCAGGUCACACCCAGCAGYGAGAUCCCUGCAGCCUCCGCUAGCCCUGCCCAGGAUCCUCCCCAAACCCACCCACAAKACCAAACCCCGCCCACAGUCACCGUUAGCACCACCCCUUCCUCCCGGGACAYUGAAUCUGAUACCAGCACCGAGGAGCAGGGGGGCGAAUCAGAAAGCAGCAUUAGCACUGUAACCGUGUCCCCUCCCCAGCGAUCCCCCGGCGGGCCCCUGUGUAACAUAGACAUCGCCCACUCCUUGUCUGGAGGCCCUAAGCAGACAGAGCAGGAGGACCAGCAGGAGAGUGAGGAGGAGCCCGACAAAGAGCCCGACAAAGAGCCCGACAAGGAGCAAAAGGAGGGAGAGGAGGAUGAGGAGGAGGAGCUGAGYAGAAGGGGGGGCCGGAGGCUGAGCCUGAGCCUGUGGGAGGGUACAGCGGGGAGCCCCCAGUUUAGCGGGAGCAAUCUGAACCAGCCCUGGAUGAGCUACACACGCAGCGCCUCGUAUGUCAGCAGUGACGAGACAGAGAGCGAGAACGAGGAUAUGUGCGAGGAGCUACAGGAACUCAGGGACAGGCACCUGUCAGAGGUGCAGGCCCUCCAGCUCACUCAGAAGAGGGAGAUUGAGGCACUGUAUGAGCGGAUGGGAAAGGUGCCUCCCCUUGGCAUCAUGUCCCCCGCCGCCAUGCUCAACAACCGCCAGAGGCGRCUCUCCAAGAGCGGCAACUARCCCGGSURGCGUAGGAACAGCCUGCAGAGACUGGAUAUACUGCCCCCUGCAGGGAUCAUGCGUAAAAACUCAGUCAGUGGCAGCAGCAGUGGCUCUCAGGAGAGGUCCAGUAAAGGGGUGACCUUUGCCCCCGACUACAACCGGAUGUGAGACUCGUCUCCCUAUGUGAUCCGGAGGACAGGGGGUUGGGGCAGGUGAUACUGUGGCCAGCCGCCUCCCCUCCCAACCACCAACCAGGAA